AUGGCACCCACCACGACCGCCCCUAUCCGCCCGCCCGUACUCUUCACCGACCUUCCUCCCUUUCCCAGCUUACUCCACCCACGGGCUUUCGGUCUCACGCACCGAGAUUUUACCACGGAAUUCUCAGCAAAGCCUCUCGCCAACCACAUCAUCGCCAUCACUCUUGCAGCGCUCGGCGUCGCCGCUCUGGUGGGGAUUGCCAUAUGGACGAAGUACCGAUUCCUCCCAUGGUACAACAAGCGCAAAGCUCAACGAGCUGAAGUGGAGAAGGCACAGCAAGAUCAAGACCAAUGGCUACGUUUCGUUCGCAAGUCCUAUCGGCAUCGGCUUGAUCCAAUCCCCGAGGUUCACAGCACGAGUGACCUCGAAAAGGCUCUUAACGAGGUUAGUCGCGACUCCGACCAGUCAUCCCUGAGUGACCUGCCACUGCGCAAUUUACUUGCACCUCCGCAUACUGCGCCAAUUGUAGUAACGGAGCUCACUCUGCCUACGGGAGAAGGAGUAGUUGAAGACGAACAGACUCCCGCGAAGCGUCUUGUCUUUAAAAAUGUCCCACUGCAGAGAUUCGCGCCUCAGGGUUCGCAACACGGGUCUGGUGAGUCCCAGCGUAUGCAGACAAGCGGAGGGUAUCAGAACGUGAACGGUGUGUUUAGGAAGGUUGAGCAUUCGGAAACUUCGCGGUCUUCUAUCGAGUGCUCUGGCGAGGAGCUGGCAGUUAAAGAUGAGUAUGGACCCCGUGAGGAUCAGAGCAAGGAAGGGGAGCAACAACUACAACAAGUACAUUCAGCUGAGCUGAACAGGCGGCAAAUGGCUGGAGAAAACGUUGUCUACGUCACUGUCACAGACUUCACUACCAUCCACGACCUACCAACCGGCUUCACAACUCUUACAUCGCCAAAGACGUCGGUUGCCUCUACACCGGCCGGCAGCCUGCAGACUUCAGCAUUCCAAACCAUCACUGCAUCUUCUACGCUCACUUCGCCCUCCGCAACAGCAGCCCCCUCCGUAGGCGACGUCCUCAAGCAACCCAGAACAGCCGUCAUCGCUAGCCUAGUCCUCGCCGGCGUCAUCAUCAUCGGGCUCAUCUACGUCGGCGUCGUCGCCUUCAUGUUCUGGUCGAAGUACAAGGGCAAGUGCCCGAAGUGCGACGAGCUGACGUCCGAGAUUCGGCGGUUCCAGAAGGGCGAUCCAAUUUCGAAGCAUGUAGUUCGGGCGAGAGAGCGCGCGAGCGCAGUGGACGCGAUCCGCGACGCUGAAGAGGGCGGUCGCCCGUUUGAAGAGAUCAAGCUGGAUUCUGGUACGCCAGACUCGCAGCACCAAAUCAAGGCCAACCGGGCCACGGCGUUGGCGAACCUGGAAGGCAGAGGCGCGGUAAUGGAGGUGAAAGAUAUAGACAACCACCGUUGGACCUUCUUCUCCUUCCUCACGGACCACAAGCGCAGAGCUAGACGGAACGCGAAGCUGCGCGCGGCGAACCCAGAUCCACAGCAGGAUGGAAGCCAGGAUCGGUACUUUACUGUUCAGGGACCCGAGGCUUCUUCGCGCCAAUCCACCCGUCCUCCUCCGCCCCCACCGCCAAAGGCCUACUCUCCAAGUUCCUUCUACUCCUCAAACUACCGCGCACCUCGCGUCUCCGACUCCCCGCCCGGCGACCUAGCUAACUACCCAACGUACGCCCAAUACUACUCCGAAGCAUCGGACCGCUACGGCGUAGCUGGACCAGCUACCCCUUACCCGAUGGAGCAGAUCGAUCCAACGGAUGCCCUGGCGCAGCAGUAUCGGCAAGCUUGCUACGAUGCUGGGCGCGAGGGCAACCCGCAUCGCGAGGAGGCGCGGCGCACGGUGGUGGAUCUUAGGGAACGCAUCGAGCAGCAUCGCCGUCGCUCGCGGGCUUACGGUGGACUUCCGCCGCUAAGUCCUCCUAGGGUGUUUGGGGAUAUAGAUAUCGAUGGCAAGACGGGUGAUGGGGAGCAGACGUGGGCGGCGAAAGCUAAAGGGCUUUUUGGUGGCAGAUAA